GCGCCUAGUACUGCAGGGCCAUCGGAGCCAGUCAGUCCGCCUUCCUUCCCUCUCUCUCUCCUGCCGCCGCCAUGCGCCUGGCCUUGGCGCUGCUGUCGCUGGGCGAGAAGUUCCAACCGUGGCCCGGCUACCGCUUCGGGAUGACCCGCCCGGGGUCCUUCGCCGACCGGAUCAGGCACCCCCCCUGGCUCCGGCGGAGGAGGGUCUUCGUGGAGCCGCUGCGGGAGGAGGACCGCACCGUCUUCCAGGGGGACACGGUGCAGGUGCUGGAGGGCAAGGACCGCGGGAAGCAAGGGCUGGUGGUGGGCCUCGUCAAGGAGCGCAACUGGGUGGUCCUCAAGGGCCUCAACGUGCACUACCGCUUCCUGGGGAAGACCGGCGCCCAGCCAGGGACCUACGUGGCCAGCGAGGCCCCCCUCCUCCUCCGGCAAGUGGCCCUCGUCGACCCCACAGACAGGCAACCCACGGAGGUGGAAUGGCGCUACACAGAGGAGGGGGAGCGAGUGCGAGUCUCCCUCAGGACUGGCAGGAUCAUCCCCAAGCCGGUGGAGCAGCGGGAGGAUGGCAUCAUCCCAGAGCAAUGGACAGAUGGCCCCAAGGACACGUCUGUGGAGGACGCCCUGGAGAAGACCUACAUUCCCUCCUUGAAGACGUUCCAAGAGGAGAUCAUGGAGCUGAAGGGGAUCGUGGAGACGCGGAGCUUCAGGAAGUCUUACUGGUAUUGACGCUGCUCUCUUCUCAUUACGGACCAGAGGCUGCCUGGAUCAAUCAUCUCCUCAAUAAAGGACUUCCCAGCCUUUC